GUGAAAACUGCACUGAAUUUUUGUUAUAGGUUCUUGAGAUGAAGUCAGAAUUUCCCGUGCUGAGCUGCCUAGGUACUGAGGUGCUGUGGUUGUUGGAGGGGUUAAAGUUGGAGCCAUUGAUGCAUAUAUAUUAGGGAGGAUUCAUAAAAACACGACAGUGGAGCCUGGGUCAGUCCAUUACUAUGACUGAGCUGUGACCAAUAGAAAGGGACGAAGAAGCUCCAAGAAAACUGAGGUAAGCCGUCUCCUGAAGCUCUGUCAAAGUGGAAACAAUAGAUCAAAGGUGUUCAUGGUGACCGGUCAGAGGAGGUUUUCUUUUUCUCCUAAGAGUCUUGACAGCAUAAAAUAAAAACAAAUUGUUUUAGUCAAAGGGUUUUUUUUUUCUUUUUUCUUUUUUCCUCCUUAACUGAUUUUAGCAAACUUCAGACCCAGACACAGGACUCAGCGAUACAUUCCUGGACAGCAAGGUACUAUAAUGGCAACCACAAUCUGUUUCAUCAUCUGGGUGUUAUUCAUAACAGAUACUGUAUGGACUCGAAGUGUGAGACAGGUUUAUGAGGGAAGUGAUCCAGAGGACUGGACGGUGCAUGACUUCGAUUGUCCCAGGGAAUGUUUCUGUCCCCCCAGUUUCCCUACUUCUUUGUACUGUGAAAAUCGAGGUCUCAAAGAAAUCCCUGCUAUACCAUCAAGGAUCUGGUAUCUUUAUCUUGAAAACAACCUGAUAGAAACCAUUCCUGAGAAGCCAUUCGAGAAUGCCACCCAGCUGAGAUGGAUAAAUCUAAACAAGAACAAAAUAACCAACUAUGGAAUUGAAAAAGGAGCCCUGAGCCAACUAAAGAAGCUCCUUUUCUUAUUUCUGGAAGACAAUGAGCUAGAGGAGGUACCUUCUCCAUUGCCAAGAAGUUUAGAACAACUGCAAUUAGCUAGAAACAAGGUAUCCAGAAUUCCUCAAGGGACUUUCAGCAAUCUAGAGAACCUGACCCUUCUUGACCUGCAGCACAAUAAACUAUUGGACAAUGCCUUUCAAAGAGACACCUUCAAGGGACUCAAGAACCUCAUGCAACUAAAUAUGGCUAAGAACGCCCUGAGGAAUAUGCCACCAAGAUUACCAGCCAAUACAAUGCAGCUGUUUUUAGACAACAAUUCCAUAGAAGGAAUACCAGAAAAUUAUUUUAAUGUGAUUCCUAAAGUGGCCUUCCUGAGACUCAACCACAACAAAUUAUCAGAUGCUGGUCUCCCUUCAAGUGGUUUUAAUGUAUCAUCAAUUCUAGAUCUUCAACUGUCUCACAACCAGCUCACAAAAGUCCCCCGAAUCAGUGCUCACCUGCAGCACCUUCACCUCGAUCAUAACAAAAUUAAAAACGUUAACGUCUCUGUAAUAUGUCCUGCCCUUCCUACCACACUGCCUGCAGAACAAGAUUCCUUCAGUUACGGACCUCAUCUUCGCUACCUCCGUCUGGAUGGAAAUGAAAUCAAACCACCAAUCCCCACGGAUUUAAUGACCUGCUUCAGGCUCCUUCAGGCUGUCAUUAUUUAAACAUGUCGUCAACAAUCUUAAGUUGAUUUAAUGAGCUAAUAGUUCUGACAUGAAAUGACAUGGUUACCAUUCAUAGGUUUAAGAUAAAAAUCACAUUUCUAAUGGUUUGUGGCCACCAUUUUUAUUUGUGUAGCUUAUUUUUUUCUAUUCAAAGUUGCUUUUGCCAAUGAUAUGUAGCACAGCCUGCUUUUCUUUGAUUAAUAAAACAGACACAGAGUUAAGAUAGUUUAUCAACUCAAAGAUAGUUUCUUUUUGUCUUUUUCACAGCUUACUAACACCAAGUAACGCAAAUACACUGUUAUGGGAUAGAAAGCACAUAUUUGUCUGCAAACGUUCAAAAUUACUUAUGCAGAUACUAUAUUUACAGUAUAAACACAGUACUCUAACAGGAGGUAGAAAUUUCUAGAGAAAAUGGAAAAAGGAGACAUUUCUUUAUCAUAGCUAUUAAGGAAUAAUUAAAUUCAGAUUGUUAAGUAGCUUGUGUAAGUGUAAGUUUGCCAUUUAGUCAAGAAUGGGUAUGAAAUGCAUUGAAUAUUAUAUAAGAAAGUUCUAGUCAUUUAAUACUAAAUAACAGAGCAACAGUCAUUUUGAGUUCACAACUUCUUACAGCUGCUGUUCUUAGAUAUUGUACAAUAUACUGUAGCAAUUAAACAAGUCCUAGGUUUUACAUUUAUUAUAACACAUUUCUGACAGAAUCUUAGUGUUUUAACACUUGAAAUCCACUUGAAUUGCAAAUUGUUCAGUUCUUAUAUUUGCCAGUGUUUUCUGGACUUUUUAAAUAAAAAGAGUGAAUGCUUUCUAACAAAA